AGAUUUUUGACAGCCGCACAAGAGAGAAGAAAAUAAAAGAAAACAUUUGACAAAAAAUUCUAAAAUCAACGUGCAACUCAAAAAAAAAAAAAGAAACAGACAGAAAAACAUUUUUUUAUCAAAUAAAACUUUAAAAAAAUUAACAAAGAAAAUUAAAAAGUAAUUUUACUUAAAAUUAAGUAAAAAUGUCAUUUGCUACAAGACUGUUAAAAUUAAAACCAGCGGCAGCAGCCGGUUUACAACGUUAUGCAACCAGACCCUUGGCACGCAGCAUUAAUACACUAACAUGGAAAAGAAAUUGGAAUGGAGUAAAUUAUGUACGUCAUCUAAGUGCCGAAGCUGGCAGUCAUAAUAUAAAAAACACGGAAAAACCUUUAGGUACGCCGGAUAAACAUGAAUUCCAAGCUGAAACUAGAAUGUUGCUAGAUAUAGUAGCACGUUCUUUAUACUCGGAAAAUGAGGUAUUCGUUAGAGAGUUGAUUUCGAAUGCUAGUGAUGCUUUGGAGAAAUUCCGCUAUACCAUACAUACAGCAGGUGAACAGGAAAAAGAUUACGAGGCCACCGAUCGUGCGCUGGAAAUACAAAUUGCCACCGAUAAACAAGCUAUGCAAUUGACUAUACAAGAUUCUGGUAUUGGUAUGACACGCGAAGAAUUGGUCAAUAAUUUGGGUACCAUAGCACGCAGUGGUUCAAAGAAAUUUUUAGAACAAAUCAAAGAAAAGGGUGCUGCUGCUGAAAAUUCCUCUAAUAUUAUUGGUCAAUUUGGUGUUGGUUUCUAUUCGGCUUUUAUGGUAGCCGAUAAGGUAGAAGUAUUCACACGUUCCUCUAAGGCCAAUUCACCUGGUCUCUGUUGGUCUACCGAUGGUUCUGGCAGUUAUGAAAUACAAGAAGCUGAGGGUGUUGCACAUGGUACAAAGAUUGUUAUACAUCUUAAACCGGAAUGUCGUGAAUAUGCCGAUGAGGAUCGUAUACGUGCGGUUAUUAAGAAAUAUAGUAAUUUUGUUGGAUCACCCAUUUAUUUGAAUGGUCAACGUGCUAAUGAUAUUCAACCACUGUGGCUUAUGGAACCUAAAGAUGUUAGCCAAGAGCAACAUGAUGAAUUUUAUCGUUUCAUUGGUAAUACCUAUGAUACGCCACGUUUUGUAUUGCAUUAUAAGACUGAUGUACCCCUUAGCAUACGUGCUUUACUAUAUUUCCCCGAAGGAAAACCCGGUUUAUUCGAUAUGACACGCGAUGGUGAUGUAGGUGUUGCCCUAUAUACACGCAAAGUUUUGAUACAAUCCAAAACUGCUAAUCUAGUACCCAAAUGGUUGCGUUUCGUUAAAGGUGUAGUCGAUUCGGAGGAUAUACCACUUAAUUUAAGUAGAGAACUAUUACAGAAUAGUGCCCUAAUCAGAAAAUUGUCUGGAGUCUUAACCAGCCGCAUUUUACGUUUCCUCUUGGAUAAGGCCAAUAAACAACCGUCAGAAUAUGAAGCCUUCUACAAGGAUUAUGGUCUAUUCCUUAAAGAAGGCAUUGUUACUUCGCACGAUCAAAAGGAAAAGGAAAGUAUUGCUAAAUUGUUGCGUUUUGAAUCGUCCAAAACAGCCGAAGGACAAAAGGUUUCUUUGGAAACCUAUUGUUCUAAUGUGGGCGAACAAAAGGAUAUCUACUAUUUGGCAGCACCAAAUCGUGUCUUGGCUGAAUCUUCGCCCUACUAUGAGGGUUUAAAGAAACGUGGUGUUGAAGUUUUAUUCUGUUAUGAACCCUACGAUGAAUUGGUCUUAAUGCAAUUGGGCAUGUUUAAAGACAAAAACUUGGUAUCGGUGGAAAAGGAAAUGCGUCAGGGAGCUGGUGGCGAUGAGGUCAAUGAGUUCGGUGAGGGUAGUUUAUUGAGAUCACAAGUCGAUGAGCUAUUACCCUGGAUAAAAGAGAAACUAGCCGGCAAAGUGGCCAAUGUACGUGUCACAAAUAAACUUGACUCACAUCCCUGUGUAGUGACUGUCGAAGAAAUGGCUGCUGCCAGACAUUUUAUACGCACCCAAAGUCACCAACUGCCAGAAGAGAAUCGUUAUGCUCUCUUACAGCCACAAUUGGAAAUUAAUCCAAAACAUGAAAUUAUUAAAAAAUUAAAUAACUUACGUUCAAAUGAUGCUGAAUUGGCUGAGUUAUUGGUGCAGCAAUUAUUUGUUAAUGCCAUGGUGGGCGCUGGUUUAGCUGAAGAUCCUCGCACUUUAUUAACCAACAUGAAUGCUUUGUUGACCAAGGCUUUGGAAAAGUGUUAAUUCUAAUCGAAAUUCUAGUUAAUAAUUCCAUUAGUUGCAGUGUUUAUUAUUUAGGUUUUGUUUAUUAAUAAAUUUAUAAUAAAAAUAUGAUAUAUUUUUUAUACGCUUUAA